AUGACUCAUUAUGGUAUUUUGUUGCGUAACGGUGUCCCCUCAUUAUCCAGAAUUGGAGCUGAUUUAUUCAAUGAACUUAAAUCAAAAUACGAAGGAAUUUAUGGAUCUAAACCUAAUUUUGUUGAAUUGAUUGAAGAAAUUGGCCUUAACUUUUUCAACAUUGCGAAGCCAAGAAAGCAGGGUAAUAUGAUGGCAGAUAUGAUGGCCAAUCUAUUUGGCGGAGGAAGUGGUAGUGGUGCUAAUCCUUUGCCCCAAUUGGGCGCUGGCAAUGCAAAAUCCUCUGGUGAGGAUCUGGAUUAA